CCCAGCAUACAGCCACCAUGAGGAUGCCACUGAUAUUCCUGCUGCUCCAGUACUCACUGACGCAAACUCUGGCACUCCAGUGCACACAAGUGCCAGGAAAACUCAAGCAGAUCGAUGCAGGAGUGGGCCAGGUGUUCGGGGUGAAUGACGGCGGCAACAUAUACACUUUGUACGGGCGCAGCUGGGUCCAACUUCCUGGGUUACUCAAGCACGUCAGCGUGGGGCCCGCGGGAAUCUGGGGCACCAACAACGGCAACAACAUCUACAAAAUGGUGGGGGGAGAUUGGGUGCAGGUUCCAGGUCUCUUAAAGCAAGUGGAUGCUGGGGGAGAUCAGAUUAUAUCGGGCGUCAACAUGGAUGAUGCUAUCUUCUGCAUGGGGCGGCAAGGUGCAGUGCAGUUCAAGGGGCCUAGCUCACCUACCCCUUGGCAAGGGAUUCCAGGGGGACUCAAAUACUACACCUGCGGCCCCAAAAGCUGCUGGGGCGUCAACAGUAAUGAUGACAUCUAUAUAAUGAAAGAUGUGACCGAUACAAACUGUAUGGGCAAUAAAUCAUGGCAAAACAUUCCUGGGAAGCUGUCCAUGAUCGAGGUGGCAACUGAUGGCAGUGUGUAUGGGGUCAACAAAGACGGAGACAUCUACCGCAGAGAUGGCAUUACUGACAGCGCCCCAGCUGGCACAGCCUGGACCGCCGUGAGCGUCUGCAUGAAGAGCAAGCAUGUGAGCUUUGACCUGGGUCACCUGUGGGUCAUCACCCAGGACGGCAGCAUCCUGGACUGUGUUUAAACUCCUCCUGUCUAAACAGACACACUGCACCUGCGCCGCUACUGCGUUACACAGAUUUCUGCUGAUUAUAAUGGAUAAGAUGGAUGUGGUGAUCUGGCUAGCUGAGUUACAGUCUUGGUCUGUUACAGCCCAGCUGUGUUACACUUGCGGUCUGUUACUGGCUGGCUGCAUUACAUUCUUGGUGUUGUUUCCAUACAGAUGCAUGCACUGUAAAACUUUCCAUUGCUUUCUGCUUUCACCCUGCACCAAUAAAGCAUUAUG